AUGCAAGUUGAAUAUUUAUUUGCACUCACGCUCAAUACUACUGAGAUUGGGUAUGGUGUUGUACUGUUAUUAACUUGGCCCAUCGUCAACGUGGGCAUGCCCAUACAUUUGAGAUUGGCUAAACAAAAAGAACGAAAUGACAGCCAAAAAGUAAGCUUUCGUGAAGCUCAAUGCGAUAUUUCGACAAAAUUACUUCAAGAGGCUCAUUCGUGUGAGUAUCAGCUAGCUGAGAAACCACAAGUAUUUGAAUUAAGUAAUGCAGUCGCACGUUCCUGUCCCAAAAUGUAUAAUAAUUGGGGUCAAAAGUGCUCUCAUUUUCAUGUCUGUUAA